CUAUUUAACCACUAUUAUAAAGUUUUAUUACUUUUGUGAUCUUUGGAAUGGUUCCUCUUUGGCGUAGUUCCCGCCUUCAUAUUUUGAAAUUGUCAUAUAAUUUUAUUGUGAUUACUUUAGGAGCUGAAUUCCUUGAUGUAUUAAAUCUUUCAGUUCCUAAAAGUUCUCUUUUUAGUGACAUUAUCAACGAUUAAAUAUAUAUAUGUAUAAAAGUACUAAUAGGAGUGACAAUGAGGAGAUCUAAAGCUCCCUCAGAACUUGCAAAAUUUAAAACACCCAUCAAAACCUUAGCUGAGGGUACCCAUUUGAAAGAUAAGAAUAAUGGAGGUGAGAGGCAGCCUUUGUUUAGUAUUCAUGAUAAAAUUUCUGAGUCUUAUGAAGAACCAGAUUUGCGACCAGUCGUGUCAUCUCAGGCAAUUGAAAGCAAACAAGAAUCCUUAAGAAUAUUCAAUGUAGUAUACGGAAAAAUAACUAAAAAGAAGCAUAAGACAUGGGAAGGAGAUGGUACAUUGGAAGUUAGUUCGAGCAAUUUAACUCUGAAGGACGACUCUGGGAAAAGUUUAGGGCAAGUAAGAAGAUCAAAAAAUGUAACGGUUGAAGAGGGCAGUAGAAUUUUUGUUGGAAACAAAGAAGUUGAGGUAAUUGAUGCUGUGAUGUCAACUAAAUUACCCUUGAAGCGACCUAUUGAGAAAGAUGAUGAAAAUAUUGAAUUUAAUCCAUCUAAAAGAAUAAAAAAUCCUGAAGUGCCAAAAUCACAAGCUUCUAAAUCUUUUGUAGGAGUUUUGAAGACGAGUAAAUUACAUUCACGUUAUGAUCCGUUAAUCAUGCCAGCUCCAUCAGAUGAACAUCAGUGGGAAUUCAACUCAGACUACUUACCUGUCACCGAAGUAACUGUGGAAGCAAAACUUUGUCGUAUUUUAAGACCGCAUCAAAGGGAAGGCAUAACUUUUCUGUACCGUUGCAUUUCCGGAAUCAGAAAUUUACAGCACACAGGUGCGAUACUUGCUGACGAAAUGGGUCUUGGUAAAACUCUUCAGAGUAUUUCUCUAAUAUGGACAUUACUGAAUCAGGGUCCAUACGGUGGAAAACCCUUAUUAAGAAGAGCACUUGUCAUAGUCCCCUCUAGUCUUGUUCAGAAUUGGAACAAUGAAUUUAUUAGGUGGAUUGGCUCCCAUCGAUUGAAAGUAUUUUCCAUUGAUCAGACUUUAGAUUUACUUGAGAAGGUAUGCGAUGGAUUUAAAUUCAAGUAUGAAAGAUUUGACGGUUCGACACCACUUUCUGCCAGGACGUCUAUAGUCAAUAAAUUUAAUGACAAGAAUUCCGAUGUAUUUGUUUUGCUCCUGAGCAAUAAAGCCGGAGGAUUAGGAUUGAACCUGAUUGGUGGCUCUCGUCUCGUUUUAUAUGAUUCAGAUUGGAAUCCUGCGAUAGAUCUUCAAGCAAUGGCUAGGAUUUGGAGGGAAGGCCAACGGAAACAAGUCUUUAUUUACAGAUUCCUGACUUCUGGUACAAUUGAAGAGAAAAUAUUCCAACGCCAGUUAAGUAAAGCAGGUCUCAAUGAAUCUAUUGUAGAUACAGCUUCAGAGAGUAAUGUUAAACUGUCAUUAGAUGAACUAAAGGAUUUAUUUAGUUCUGUUAGCAGUGAUGCGUGUAUAACCCAUACAAGUCUAAAUUGUGAUUGCAUCGGUGAUGGUAGUAUACCACAGUCGGAGGAAGAAGAAUUGACGUGUAGGGAAGCUGAGUUAUUAGUUGAAAAAAAUUCAAUGAAAUGCAGCCUGAGGAUGAACCAGCUGUUUCAAUGGGAACACCAUGCUAAACCAAUAUCCGAACACCUGCUGCUUAUAAUUGCAUAUUUUGCAACAUACAGUAGAUCAAUGAUACAGCCUGUUCUUGUAGUCCAUGGAGGAGCUGGAGAUAUUCCAGACUCCAGAAAGCAAGGUAAAUUUGAUGGAGUUAAAAAAGCAGCUAUUGAAGGUCAUCGAGUAUUGAAUGCUACUGGGAGUGUUCUUGAUGCGAUUGAAGCAGCAAUUCGCAGUAUGGAGGACGAUGAAAAUUUUAAUGCAGGUAAAGGCUCUGUUUUGAACUUAGCUGGACAAGUAGAAAUGGAAGCUCUCAUUACUGAAGGGAAGAAAUUAUCCGCAGGCAGUGUUACAUUGGUGAAAAAUAUUGCUAAUCCAAUUUCUCUUGCUAGAAUGGUCAUGGAAAAAACUCCCCAUACUGUAUUAGGAGGAGACGGAGUAGAAGAAUUCAUUGUCAAAAUGGGUAUUCCCAGGGUACCUGAUGAAUAUCUCAUUACAGAUGCUGCUAGAAAAGCUUUAGAAGAAUUUAAGAAGAGAUCAGUUGCAGAUAACAAACCUUCACUCACUGAAAUUGGAGACCGAACACCUGGUGGUGUAGGUACUGUAGGUUGUGUCGCUGUUGAUUCAACCGGUCAUGUUGCUUCUGGAACAUCUACUGGAGGUAUCACGGGGAAAUAUAAGGGAAGAAUUGGAGAUACGCCACUUCCAGGAUGUGGAGGUUACAGUGAUGAUGAAGUGGGAGCUGUCUCUACUACUGGCCAUGGAGAAUCAAUAUUGAAAUAUAAUUUGGCUCAUCGGAUCUUGACACUAAUGCAACAAGGAGAAUCCACACAAAAUGCCACCGCUGCAGCUUGUGAAUCUAUGACUAAAAGAGUCGGAAAGACAGCUGGAGCCAUAACUGUAAGCAACAAAGGUGAGGUUGGAAUAGGAUUCAGUUCAAGGCGAAUGGCCUGGGCUUACCAGCUGGGUGAUGAGGUGCAUUAUGGGAUUGAACCCGGCGAACACCUUGUUGAAAAAAUAUAAUGUUAAUAUUUUCUAAUUGAAUUAUCUUAGAUAAAUAUUUUCUACAAUUUUUUAAUUAUGUUAUGAAAAUAAGUGGUCUCUUCUGUUAUAAAUAAUCAUAAUUAAUCUAUAUAUUGUGAUAAUUAUAGCUGUGAUUGUAUAUCAUUGAAAUUAUUGGUGGAUUUAUUAAAUAUUCUAAUUUAACUAA